UUGAAUAUCCAACAUGAAGCAAUAUCUGGUGUUUGCUCUCGUCUUCGCGACAAUUCUUGUUCUGAUCGGCGGCCAUCCCCUGGAGGAUCAAAGGGCUACCCUGGAGGAUGCUGAGGCACAGCCCGGAAUCGAUGAUGGAGCUGGAAUAAGGGCUGCCCGUCACUUUGGCGGCGGAUUUCGGCGCGGCGGAUUCUGCUGCGGAGGAGGAGGCGGCGGCUUUCGGCGGGGUGGAUUCUAUCCUGGCGGAGGCUACGGAGGCUAUCCCGGAGGUGGCUACGGUGGAGGCAGUGCAUCGGCCUCUGCGUCAGCCUCAGCCAGUUCCAGUUGGGGACGUAAAUAAGUAUAAUUUUCCUAAUUGAGACGAAUAUAGACAAAAGUCGAAACGAAAACAAAAA